CCGGGUCGAUGGUCGGGCAAGGUGUCCGUGGGCGCUGUUUUGGGCCAACUUUCCAUAUACGGCAGUCUUGCAGCUACCGCGGGUGCGGACGGUUCUUCUCCUGUGGCUACAGGCGUUGCAGGAAGAUUUGGCUCCUCCGAGGAUGUGGCCUAUGUUAAACUCCUGGAUUAUGCUCUGGUUCAUGCGAGCUCUACGAAAAAUU